AUGGAUGGAAAUGGAUGGGGCGAUGAAAGUUUUGAUGCUGAAUUAGCUGGUGGUUGGGGAGAAACAUCUUUCGUGGAGCCUAAUGAAACCAGAGGAAAUCAACGUGUUGAAAAAGUGCCUUUUCCUGCUACUGUCAGAGAUCUCAGUCAGUUGGCAAACAAUGAAGAAAAAAUAACAGCGGGAAAAUAUACUUUCACGACGAUUCGUGUUGUUGGUCGUGUAAAAUCAUCAUUACAAACAGAUGGGGGGCAAUCUGUCGAGUAUAUUCUAGCUGAUUAUCAUGAUCCAAAUGCUACAUUUCUUGUCAUUCACUAUAAAGGCGUGCUAGCUAGCGCUGCGACUAAUUCUGAUACGAUAGUUGAAGGGACCGAUGUUUCUGUUGUUGGAAAGAUGCGAAGUUUCAGUGAGCGACUUUGUAUCGUUGCUUUUGAUGUACGAGAAAUAGAAGAUAAAAGAGAACUCGACGCUUUUCAUUUAGAAGCUCGAUUGGCGCGACUUUAUUACACAAAGGAUGUUCCAGAUUUGGCUUUAACAGAAAAAUGGGCAAGCAUAUCUGAAGGUACAAUGUUGCGGAUAAAUACAGAAGCUGUAGGAUAUGCUGGAAAUCAACCUAGUGAUUGGAACAGCUCUAUAAAAUCUAAUUCUGGAGCUUCAGGAAGUUCCGGAAUUUCUCACAGUACAAGUCGUUUGGUUCCUGAUAGUAGUUGUCGUGGAUUGACUGGUCAAAAAGCUGAAAUAUUUAAAUAUUUGCGUAAAAAUGGUGACCCAAUAAUUGGAGCCAGCAUUGAUAACAUUCGUAUGGGCAUCCCAAGAAAUCUUUUCGAUCCUUCAAAUUUUGCUGCUGAUAUGGAAUAUCUAGCUUCGGAAGGUUUAAUUUAUGCCACCUCAGAUGACGAUCACUAUGCAGCUAAUGCUUGA